ACCCGCGAGCUGGGCCACAAGUCCGACGGCGAGACCAUCGAGUGGCUUCUCCAGCAAGCCGAGCCAGCUGUCAUCGCCGCCACGGGGACGGGAACCAUCCCAGCCAACUUCACUAACCUCAACAUCUCCCUCCGCAGCUCCGGCUCCACCCUCUCCGUCCCCUCCCAGCUCAGAUCCGCCGCCACCGCCGCAGCUGGCCUCGGCUUCAACCCUAACUUCUCUAACCGGCAAAAUUCAUCAAUCAUAUGGUUGGUGUCCUCUGUCUUUUUCUUUAUUUCUUUCAUGGUAUCUAUCCAUUGGUGGGGAUGGUGA